CAAAGGUCCCCAUAGACACUAGUCAUAACUUCAAGGCUGUAACUGAAAGGACCCAACGGCCACGGUGCGUCCGGAUGGCACUACAGUAGUAGUCAGCAGCCCGUUCUGUUCUGUAGGGUGGAGCUUUUAACCACACUCAGGUAGGUCUUCGGCGUCAUCGAACAAGGUUAGGCUCUCCUCUGCUCUGGCAUUUUUAUGUAUCUGAUUAUGAGUCAGACAUGAGUAGCCUACCACGUCAGUAUAAGUAAUCUUCACAGCCAAGUUCAGAGGACAGGCGCCCAACCGUUUCAGAGAGUGUCCCCUUACAGAGAAGGAGUAGCGUUCUUUAUCACGGACUGAGAGUUCCCCAGACAAGUAAACUACUACGAUCUCUUUCCGGUACUUUGGAGUCCGCGUUCCGUCGCUAAACCUGAUACACCACCCAGAACAAAGAUGCCUAAAACGGUCAAUGUCCGGAUCACCACAAUGGAUGCUGAGCUGGAGUUCUCCAUUCUUCCCAGCACCACCGGCAAACAGUUGUUCGAUCAGGUGUCCAGAACGGUCGGUCUGCGGGAGCUCUGGUACUUCGGCCUGCUGUUCGUCAACAACAAAGGGUUCCAAACAUGGCUGAAGUUUGAUAAAAAGGUGAUAUCCCAGGAAGUAAAGAAAGAGGUUCCUCUCAAGUUCCGUUUCCGGGCCAAGUUCUACCCAGAGGACGUGGCUGAGGAGCUGAUCCAGGAGAGCACCCAGAAACUGUUCUUCCUGCAGGUGAAGGAGGACAUCCUAACUGAUGAGGUGUACUGCCCUCCAGAGUCUGCUGUUCUGCUAGCCUCCUACUCUGUACAGGCCAAGUUUGGAGACUUCAAUAAGGAGACACACCAGAAUGGUUACCUGACCAAUGAACGCAUGCUGCCCAAGAGAGUGCUGGAUCAACACAAGCUGUCUAAAGAACAGUGGGAGCAGCGGAUCCAGACCUGGCACGAGGAACACAGAGCUAUGCUCAAGGAGGAUGCUAUGCUGGAGUAUCUGAAGAUCGCCCAGGACUUGGAGAUGUAUGGAGUAAACUUCUUUGACAUCAAGAACAGGAAGGGGACAGAGCUGUGGCUGGGGGUAGAUGCCCUGGGACUCAACAUCUACGAGAAGGACGACAGACUGACACCAAAGAUCGGGUUUCCCUGGAGUGAAAUUAGGAACAUUUCAUUCAAUGAUAAAAAGUUCAUCAUCAAGCCCAUUGAUAAGAAAGCUCCCGAUUUUGUGUUCUACGCCCCUCGGCUGGGCAUGAAUAAGCGUAUCCUGGCUCUGUGCAUGGGGAACCAUGAUCUAUACAUGAAACGCAGGAAGCCAGACACCAUCGAGGUGCAGCAGAUGAAGACUAAGGCCAGGGAGGAGAAGCACCAGAAACAGAUGGAAAGGGCCCAGCUGGAGAAUGAGAAGAAGAAACGGGAGGCCAUGGAGAAAGAGAAGGAUCAGAUGGAGAGAGAGAAGCAGGACUUGAUGCUGAGGCUGUACCAGUUUGAGGAGACAACCAAGAAGGCAGAGAGAGAACUGCAGGAGCAGCUGGAGAGAGCUGUCCGUCUGGAAGAGGAGAGGAGGAGGGUGGAGCAGGAUGCAGCCAGGCUGGAGGCUGAGAGACAGGCUGCUCUCCUGGCCAAAGACGAGCUGGCCAGGCAGGCCGUGAUUCAGCUAGAGAGUCAGGAACAGCUGGCUGCAGAGCUAGCAGAGUACACUGCUAAGAUCGCCCUGCUGGAGGAGGCCAAGAGGUUCCAGGAGGAAGAGGCUGAAACAUGGCAGAGCAGGGCUAGGGAGGUACAGGAGGAUCUUCUGAAGACUAAGGAGGAGCUUCACCUGGUAAUGGCCGCCCCCGCUGUCAUCCCAGCCCCUCCCUCACCUGACAGCAGCGACAGCAGCCACAGUGACCAGGAGGAAAGCGAGGAGAACAGCACGUACAGCGCUGAGUUCCAGCAGCAGGACGUCAACGACCACCGGGAGGAGGAGGAGCGUGUUACCGAGGCCGAGAAGAACAAACGCAUUCAGGCACAACUAAUGUCCCUGAGUGCUGACCUGGCCGAGACCAGAGACGACACCAUGAAGACCCAGAACGACCUGCUCCACACGGAGAACGUCCGCGCUGGCCGAGACAAGUACAAGACCCUGCGGCAAAUCCGUAUGGGUAACACCAAACAGAGAGUGGACGAGUUUGAAUCCUUGUAGACCACAGAGAAAGAGAGAGAGAGGGGGAGAGAGAGAGAGAGAGAGAGGGAGGGAGAGAGAGACAGAGAGAGAGGGGGUAGAGAGGGAGAGCGGGAGAGAGGGGGGAGACAGGGAGAGAAGGGGGGAGACAGGGAGAGAGAGAGAGAGAGAGAGGGAGAGAGGGAGAGAGAGAGAGAUGGAGUAAGUGAGAGACAGAGAUGGAAAGAGAGAGGGAGAGAGGGAGGGAGAGACUGAGAUGGAAAGAGAGAUCGAGAGAGACUGAGAUGGAGAGAGAAUGGUCCUGGAGAAAACUUUAAAACAAGAAAACGUACCUUGUUAGUCCAUAGGAAGCUUUGGUAGAAGUAAUACCGCUCACUGUUAAGCAAGGACCUAAAUAUCUCCAACUCCAACAGUAAUCUCAUUGAGAAAAGUCACAGUAUCACACCGACUGAGAGAUAAAGUUUGUAACAUUAUAAAACGAUAACAUAUAACAUUUUAGAUCAGAGAUAGUGUUGCCCUUCUUUUUUUUUAAAAUAAAAAAUAACUGAUUUAAAAAAAAAAAUCCAAACUCUAAUAAGAAAUAAUUCUUAAAGAGAAAAUGAAAUGCUUCCUCAUUUUAAUGACACGUCGUUUUGUCUCUUCAAUAGAUAUAGCUAGGAGGGGAAAGAGAGCAAGUUGUUUUCUAUGAUCAUUAUUUACAAAUGAUUUACUGUCACACCAUACUGUCAACAUGCAAGGUGAAAGCACCAAUUUGUAAGUCGCUCUGGAUAAGAGCGUCUGCUAAAUGACUUAAAUGUAAAAUGUAAAUGUGUGUGUGUAUGUGGUUAAAAUGGAACGUACAUUGCUAUAUUAAAAAAAAAAAAAAACUAUGGUACCUUCUUCAGUAAUCAGUGUCUUCACAAGACCCUGACUCUAUCUAUACUUACCAAAAUAAGAAUGAUUGAAUGUGAUUACACAAUGACUUAAGUAAAGAAAUGACUCGGUAGGUUGUAUUGAUCAGAAGAGGGUGCUGAGUGUCACUCCUUCCUUUGAUAUAGGAUGUAUCCCAGAUCCCUGUCCCCUUUAUAGUGGCCUACAUUCACCAGGGCCACCCUAUCCCCUUUAUAGAGCCCUACAUUCACCAGGGCCCAACCUAUCCCCUUUAUAGUGCCCUACAUUCACCAGGGCCCACCCUAUCCCCUUUAUAGUGGCCUACAUUGACCAGGGCCCACCCUAUCCCCUUUAUAGUGCCCUACAUUCACCAGGGCCCACCCUAUCCCCUUUAUAGUCCCCUACAUUGACCAGGGCCCACCCUAUUCCCUUUAUAGUGCCCUACAUUGACCAGGGCCCACCCUAUUCCCUUUAUAGUGCCCUACAUUGACCAGGGCCCACCCUAUCCCCUUUAUAGUGCCCUACAUUGACCAGGGCCCACCCUAUUCCCUUUAUAGUGCCCUACAUUGACCAGGGCCCACCCUAUCCCCUUUAUAGUGCCCUACAUUCACCAGGGCCCACCCUAUUCCCUUUAUAGUGCCCUACAUUGACCAGGGCCCACCCUAUUCCCUUUAUAGUGCCCUACAUUGACCAGGGCCCACCCUAUUCCCUUUAUAGUGCCCUACAUUGACCAGGGCCCACCCUAUCCUCUUUAUAGUGCCCUACAUUGACCAGGGCCCACCCUAUUCCCUUUAUAGUGCCCUAUAUUCACCAGAACCCGAUCACUACAUAGGGAAUAUGGGACGGUAGAUUUAUUUAUGUAAUUUUGUCCAUUAAACAACAACAGCAUUUUGCCUGGGUUGCAGCUGUAUAUUGAAGAGAACCAAUUGACUAUAAAGAUCGUACCGAUGAUUAUUUGUGAUAUCGUAUGCCUGUCAUGUGCUCGGAAGACGAAACAUUAUCUUGGCCUCACACUGUUCAAUUAAAAAACAUCAAUCAA